UUGUUAGGGGAGUCGAGCGAAUAUGUUGCCCAGGAAAGAGGGACAGUUGGAGCCUUAUGCUCUUGAGGAUAUGAUCUCUGAUCUGCAGACCAGGAGAAAUGCUCUGGAUAGUGAUGAUGAUGUUGGGGAUCCUCAUGAAUUGCUUAAGCAGAGUGAGAAGGAUCUUGUACUUGCUGCUGAAUUGGGGAAGGCAUUGCUGGAGAGAAAUCAGGAACUCACCAGACAGUCUGAGGCACUUGCUGAAGAGUACAGCAAUAAACUUGAGUGUCUGGAGCAGGAACGUCAUUUGCUACGGAGAAGAUUGGAAGAAGCUAAAGGUGAGAAUGAGGCACAUGUUCUGGAGCUUCAGGCUGAUGUGGAGACCCUGAGGAGUCAGUUGGAUGAGCAGAGUGAAAGGGCUAGAAGGGCUGAGAGGGAACAGGCGACUUUGGUCGCUGAAUUGACUGCUCAAAAUACGAGGCUAGCUGAUCAGCUGAGAGAAGCAGCUAAACAAGAGGAACAGCUGUUGGCUGAGGUGAAGGUACUCAGGGAAAAAUGCGCCGUCAGGAAUACAUCACUUCAGGAUCAUGUCAGCAGUUUGGAAAUUCUCAGGGAUGAGGUGCAAUUUGUAUCAGCACAAAGAACAGAAUUGGAAAGGCGAUCGUUGGAGCUGCGUGAGGAAAGAGCUAGAGCUGUGGCAGCCCUGGAGGAAGCGGAGGAAAGGGCUGCAGCCUUGGAGAGACUCAGCCAUGAAGCGGAACACCGAGCUAAACUUGCCGAGCAAGAAAGAGAUGACCUAGCAGCGGCUCUAGCUGCGAUCGAAGCACAGCAGAGAGGCAGGUCUGGAUCGAUACACAAGGCACCGAGGUCAUUGCAGGCGGAAAUGGAGUGCGAGGUGAGCGGAAGUUCACUUGGUGAACCAGAGGACAUCAGGGCGGAAGUGGCGAGGGCGUGCAAACGUCUCCGAGAGCUGAGUACACAGUUGAGACGGGGUGAGGACGACUCAGGACUCCAAAGUGACUGCGACGAGUCUAUGGUCGUUAUCAUGAAUGGCUCCGAUACUGAGGGUCCUGGAGUACUUUCAGAUCUUGUCGAGGAGAUUUACAGUUUGGCCUUAACCGGAAGAGGUGCGCCAGGUGAAUUAAAUCUGGCAGUUGAACUCCACAGAGUGACGGAGGAGUUGGAUCACACUAGACAGCAAUUUAAACAGACCCAGGAGGAAUUAAAGCGUCGAGGUGAGGCCCUUCUUGACACAACGAGUAAAUUGAGUGUCUGCGAGGCUGAAUUAUGUGGAGUCAAGGAGGAACGUGAUAGAGCACGUGGAGACAUUGAGGACUCUGAGCUUAACAGAGACGAAGUGAUUGCCCAGGCUUAUUCAGUUAGGGAUCAGGCUGUUGCCAGGAAGAAUAGGGCUGAGGUGGAAUUGGCUAGGACGAGAAUAGAUGUACUCCAGGUCAAUAGUCAGCUGAUGGAGGCAAUACAGCAGAAAAUUGAGCUGAGUCAGCAACUGGAGCAAUGGCAGAUGGAUAUGCAGGCUCUCAUUGAUGAGCAUGUCAAGAGUAAAUUGACACCCUCUAGUCCACAGCUCAAUGGCAGCUGUGGGGGAGAUAGUCCGGAUGUCAGUGCUCCAGCUAGGAAAAAGAGAAGUACUGGCAGCAGUAGAAAAAUGUUUGGACUUUUCUAAUUUUGUGAUUUUAGAGGACUUUUGUACUUACGUAUUAUUCUCUACGGUUAUACAGUGGAGAGGGAAAAAUGAGUCAGUGGAAAUUAUGGAGUCGUGGCUGUUUAUAAAAUGGAGUGUUUUUUUUUGUUGAUUAAUGAAAACGGUGAGGAGGUUUAUCAAUUGCAUUUUUUUUUGAUACUCUUGGGUCGUUUUAUCUUCGGAAAAUGCUAGAGAUUUUAAAACUGUUUUUAUGAAAUGUGGGUUCUCUGCAGUGUAUGAUUUUUGGGACCAUUUUGUCAGCUCAUAAUGUAGAAUUUAAUAACGAUCGAACUAUCUCCCACGAAUGAUCUCUAGGAAAAUUGAGAUAUGUUUAUCAGAGUAGGUGAUUCUGAAUGUGAUUUCAGAUGUACAUAGUGUAUGUUGAAUGACUAGUAAAGUAUUUUAUCAUGUGCUUAAUACAGAUUAUUCUGUUAGGGUGAAAAUUGACUAUGCAAGCUCCGUCCGCAUCGAAAAAUGUGACUUAAAUGAAUUUUGAAAAUAUUUAUAUUGUAGGGUAAUUGCGACAAUCAUGUAUGCCAUGAUUCAUCAAAAAAAGAAAGAAAGGAAGACAAAACGAAUUUUUCCUUUCUUUUUAACGAACAUUUGAAAGUGCAAUAAUUUUUAUUGGAUUUGAGUUGUGGGACGUAUUUUUCUUCUGUCUCCUUUUUUUUAGUUAAUCUACUUCCAGAGGAAAAAUCUUUCAGAACUUCAUCUCAAAUUUUCUAAUCUAUCGUAGAACUCCCAUCGAAUUUUCCCAAGUGUUCGUUUUAAAAAAAAAUACAAAGCAUUCUAUUAGAUGUUGGGAAUCGUUGCAAAAAAAAAAUUGUAAUGUUUUUGAAAAUCAGUGACAUAUCAUUUAACAAUGACAAAUGUAAAUAGAAUCAUUUUAUCUCCAUCAUUUGAAGGAACAUAUGAAUAAAUUAAUUUUAUUCACAGAA